UAACAAACUUGCAAGGGGCUGGCCUACACUGUACUGACACUAGAGACAAUAUCAAGAGUGUUGCAUUUGCGUUUGCAGCAUAAUUAUACUUACAUAACUAGACUACUUUAUCAGUGGAGAAGGCUAUAAACUGAGAGUGAUCAUGUCGGGUGAGCCUGUGGCGAUCAACGGUGCUAGUGGAGGUAACCUCCAGUUCUCUAGUGUAGAAAGUCGUGGAGAUCACCCUCCCAGCUACUCCCUGGAGAGAUACCUGGCCUCUGAUGACCAGCCUGAUGGACGGUCCAAGGAAGAGAGCCAUCGUCGUCUCUCAAUCAGUUCCGAAUCUGAUGUCUCCACAAUUAACGAGGAUUAUGAUGUGGCCUCCAUAUCAUCGUCCAUCGACGAUAAACUGACGUGGCGAGGUCGUAUGCAGCUGGCCCUGCACAGUCACGUCUUCCACUAUACCAUUGUGAUCCUCGUUGUGUUGGACGCCAUCAUCGUACUGACUGAGUUCCUUUUGGACAUUGGGGCGUUAGGCACAAUCAUAUGCAGAGGUGAAAACAUAGUUGAAAGACGAGAGUUUUGUCACUUUGAUUCCAACUUUCGCAACAUGUGUGGGCCUCCGCCCAACUUUAUUCUGGAAGGUCUGGUGCUUCAACCUGAGGGUUCUAACCCGGAUCGUGACCCCUGCACCUGUGCCUUUAGGGGAGGAAAGCGUGUCUGCGUCCCUGACAGCGAGGAUUCUGUAUUGGACCCUGGAGUGAACCCUGGUCUAGUGCUGCACUUCUUCUCUUUGACCAUCCUCAGUAUCUUCAUGUUUGAGGUUGUACUUAAGAUGGUAGCGUUCCGUCUCAAGUACUUCACUCACAAGUUUGAGGUGUUUGACGGAAUCAUUGUCGUCAUCUCUUGGACUCUGGACGUUGCUUCAGUAGUUGAAGAGGAGGCCUUUGAGGUUGCUGCUCUGUUGAUCAUCCUCAGACUGUGGCGUAUCCUGCGUAUUGUCAAUGGCUCCAUCUUGGCUGCCAAGGCUAAGUCUGAUGAGCACCUGAGGGAAGCCAAGAAAGAAGCAAAGCGGAUCAUACACGCUUUUCAUAAAGCCAGAGACAGCAAGGUCUCGUUGGAGAAAGAAAACCUUCGCCUUCGGAAGCAGCUAGGAAACUCGGGCUCACAGGACUCUAAUUACAACACUGAAGAGCAACCAGACCUCAAUCAGGUACAGGUACCUGUCAGUUCUUCACGUGAAGAGUAGAGGGCCGGGACUGGAUGACUUUUAGCUAUCAUUAUAUUUAUAAUGUAUAUAUACACUGAUCAGCACCAAUCAUCCUGCAUGGCUGAGGGCCGGGGUAUGUAUAUUAAUAUUUUAUGUCAAUGAGCAAUGUAUAGUCAUUUGUCAUGAAUGUCUUGAAAACCAGA